UCUUGUUGUUGUUCGGCAAGCGUUGUUGACUCUGGCUUCCACGAAGUAAAAGAGCAAUACAUUCCGCUUCUUUCCGCCGUUUCCUCUGUAACAACUGUAUCGUCGAAGCAUUCCUAAAGAAAAAUGUCUCGGGAUCCUGAUGUUGUAGAGACAAUCGUAUCCCAAAUCGGGGGCAGAAAGCUCAAGAUUGCCAUCGAGGGAAAUAUAUCAAGUGGAAAGUCAACCCUUUUGAAUCAUUUUCGUAACAAAUCCUACUGUGAUGUUGUUGAGGAGCCAGUGGACGCAUGGAGAAACCUUGGAGGAGAUAACCUUCUGGCACGCAUGUAUGAAGAACCAAGCCGCUGGAGUUACACCUUUCAGUCAUAUGUUUUAAAAACAAUGAUGGAUGUACACAAUAAGCCACAGGAUGUUCCCCUUGGUAUUCUGGAGAGGUCGAUAUACAGUGCGCGCUACUGUUUUGUUGAGAAUCUUCAUAGCAGUGGUCUUAUGGAUGAUAUGGAGUACAAAUGCUACACUGAGUGGUUCGACUUUCUCAUGGCCAAAAAUCGGCCACAACUUGAUUUAAUCGUUUACCUUCGCACUUCCCCUGAAGUUGCUUAUCAGCGUCUCUUAUCGCGUGCUAGAGAGGAGGAGCGCACUGUUCCCAAGGAGUACGUGUAUGCUUUGCAUCGGCACUACGAGACCUGGCUUGCUGAUUCAUCCAACCACUGUUGGCAUGGCAGCACACCUGUUCUGGUCCUGGAUGGAAAUCAGGAUAUGAACAGCUAUGAGUUCUUGCAUUCUGACAUGAUUGAACAGAUCACCGCAUUCCUUGGAGAUGACAGUGAUGAGGAGGAUGACACUGACGACCUCGAUUUUGACCUCUCUCAGUACCUUACUCAAACUCUACCUGUGGAUGAUGCAUCCCAGUGGCCAGCAGCACCUCUAGCUGCACCUCUUCCAAAUCUAGUCUCUGCUUCCGCAUAAGCAAGCACCUGCUCGUGUUGAAAACGCGUCACUUACGCUGAUUUUCCCUCAUUGAUCUCUUGUCAUGGUAGCAGCCCGUUACCAUCCUUCAUUCCGCAUCAUUUCCUUCCAACUUCGAAUUUCAAUGGACAACUCCUCAUGGAUAAAUCUUCCUUCAUUCUCUCUCUCUUUCUUUCUCUUUCUGUCUCUCAUACACCCACACACACACGCUAUUGUCGCCUGGAUUAUGAAAUCAUCUGACUUAUCGAAACUGACCAAUUGCCUCUUUUAACUAUAUGCCUCUACUAGUUGAGGUUGCUGUAUCUGUGUUUUGUCUUGUUUAGUCCCGUAACACUGUGUUUUUUAACACAGUGUGGAUGUUUUGUUGAUUUUUCUCCUUGUUGAGAGUGGUUUUUAACUUUUUACCACAGGCUGUAGUGCUUGCUACGCGCAUCACUUCUUUCGGGCUUCCUGUCCCAAAACCGCAAACUGCUUCAUGUCAGAUAUAUGAAGCCGUUGAGAUUUUACUUUUUAACCUUGCACAUGGAGACAUGUUUUCCUCAGAGCACAUAUCUUAACACAUUCAAGACAUGCUGCUCAAUUUGUCACUUGCUCUUGAUUUUUGUUUUUUGUUUUCACUCUGCAAUGUUGGUUUUAGACCGUGGCUGUGUCAAAUGAGACAGUCCACCCCA